AUGUCUGGACCAUAUUCGUACAAAGGCCCGGUGGACUGCACAGUCCUUCCUGAUGAGGCGCAUUGUAAUGGAAAGAGCAUAGUCAUUACAGGUGGCGCACAGGGAAUUGGUGAAGCAUAUGUUCGAGGCUUCGUCAAAGCUGGAUCCUUCGUCACAUUCUGCGACAUAAACGAAGAAGCCGGGGCUAAACUCGAGGCCGAAUUGGGCCCUGAAAAUGUGUGCUUCAUCCGAGCAGAUACCCGCUCUUGGGACGACCAGGUACGUAUGUUCGAAGCAGCCGUAUCGAAAUCACCUCAGAAGAGCGUGGACCUGGUCAUUGCAAAUGCGGGCGUGGGAAGAGGCUCGGGAGAUCCGAUGAUGACGCUCGAAGACCCAAACACCGCUCCAACAAAGCCAAGCAUGCACAUUAUUGACAUCAACCUGAUUGGUGUGAUGUACACUCUGAAACUGGCAAUACACUAUUUCCGCAGAAGUCCCAUGGCUGCGGAUCGCGACCGGUGCUUCAUCUUUGGUGGAAGUGUUGCCGGCUUCGUGGACAACUUGAGCAGCUGGGAAUACUCGACAUCCAAGUUUGGACUAAGAGGGCUUAUGCGGACUGUCAGAAGGCAGUCUUAUCACCAAGGCAUACGCGUCGCGUACAUCGCGCCCUCCUACGUCCGCACCGUCAUCCAGUCUCAACAAGUUUACGAGUCUAUCCGAGCAAAAGGGCUGGACUUUGCCACCACCGAGAGCUGUCUAGCGGCGGUCAUGAGGAUAGCAUGCGACAAGACGAUCAACGGUCACUCAUUCGCAAUUGUGCCGGAAACCGUCGCCAAAGAAGGUUUCAUAGAUUUGGACCAGGAUGAUUUCAAGGGUGAAAAGGGCUAUCUCGCCACGUUUCAGGACGACGUUGUGAGAUUGCGUGGUGACGACUGGCCAUGA